CACCUUUGAACUCGUUCACAUAAACGAAAAAAAAUUAUUAAGGCUGUGAAGAGAUCUUAAGAAGUGAGGUUCAAAAAGAUCCGUCAAGAUGCCAAGAUCCUUUCUCGUAAAGAAAACGACGCAAAACUUCAAUCUGAAAAAGAGGACUUUCGAUGUUGGGAAUUCCUCAGUGGAAGCAACCUCACUCAGUUCUCAAGAAGAAGCAUUCAUCGAAAAACUGCCACAUGCUGAAGUACAAGCGACCGAGAUCGAAGGCCCUCACACAGUCGACAUCCAAGGCCCUUUCCUGAAAGAGAGAGGGUUGGAAUUGAAUCAUUUUCAAAAGUCCUCAAAUCUUGAGUUCCACCAAUCAAAGGAGAGAAUUUUCACAGCCAAUCAGAGCGCCUUCCAGUACCUCAGCGCACCCAUGAAGGUUGAGCGCGACUCUGGUGAUAUAAACUUUUACGGUGAAACCGUUGAUGACGUACAACUGUUAAAGUCAAACAGCACUUUUGUACCGUUGAGAAUCAAACAAGAAGUCAGGGAUGAUGGAGACGAUUUACAAGACGUAGAAUUGGAGAGAGAUGGCUGGGAAGGUCAUGUUACUGAAAGCAUUUCACGAGAGUUCUUUAACGAAAAAUCGGUGCGCCAUCAAUCAGAUGUGGAGAACAGUGUCUCACUAUGCAACUCUGCCUUAAGUGUCAACUUCGAAGAGGAUGGAGACGGAAAGUUCGAACUGUCUUCGUUCCUUCAAUUCAGCGACCUCGGUAGAUUUGUAAAACAAGAGAAAACAUCAGCAGUUCUUCCCGAGUAUUCCACGUUCCUCCCGUCAAGUUCUGAAGAAGAUUUGAAACUGGGUCCGCAGAAUGGCGAAACUGCAAGCAAUGUAGAGACGGAUUUGCAACAAAAACCUGCCAAGACAAAUGCUUCCUCCAGCAAGAAAUACCGCUACACUUGUGAUGUAUGCGACAAAUCUUUCAGCCGCUCGAAUACGUUAACGACUCAUAAACGCAUCCACACUGGAGAUAAACCAUUUAUCUGUGAGCAGUGUGGCCGCGCCUUCAGGCAGCCGGGAAACCUGACACGUCACCGACUGACGCACACCACCGUAAAACCGUACGUGUGCGUGCAGUGCAACAAAGCCUUCAACCGUGCGUCUAACUUGCAUACACAUAUGCGCACGCAUACUAAUUACAAGCCAUUUGUGUGCGACUUCUGCGGAAAGGGAUUCCAUCAGAAAAUUGACAUGAAGAUCCAUCGCUACACUCACACGGGAGAGAAGCCCCACAAGUGCGACAAAUGUGGGCGGGGCUUCAAGCAGUUGACACAUUUGACGUACCAUCUGAGAACCCAUUCCGAGAUGCGCAUGUACCAGUGCGAGUAUUGUGGAAAGGGUUUUAACCAGAAGGGAAACUUGCAGGCUCACAUAUAUGGCCAUACCGGUGAACGGCCUUUCAAAUGCCAGGUCUGUGGGAAAGGAUUUACACUGGCUUCCACUUUGAACACGCACAAGAGAACACACGCUCCAAAGAAACCUUUCCAAUGUCAGUUUUGUAGUAAAGCAUUUUAUCAAAAGAACGCCCUAAAGACGCACUAUAUUGCAUCGCAUCCAUAUGCCAACGGAGUGAGCCUUCUUUAAAAUAGCGUUUUAGAGACUCGAAGUGCUGUCGUUUCCAACAUAAACUGAUAGAAUCAAAUCAUCGUUAAGUAAUAACAAAACAUAAAUAUAUCAUUAAUUAGCAGUAAAAGCGCAGUUAAGAUAUAAAGCUAGUCUAAUUUUAAGUUCAAGAUUUAAUGUCAGGCGUUUCUACUUCACAAGCAGAACGUCAAGUAAGUCAUGGCACCAGUCCUGGUCACGAGUCUGACUUAGAUUUGAGAUACGCAUGGACUUGAGCACCUUAGUGAAUUAAUCGGUAUUUCGAGCGAUUUGGUAAACGUGAUGCUGUUUUUCUCUAUUGUACAAAUUAGUAGUAAGAAGAGCUUAUUAUUCCUUUAAUCCUUAAGAGUGACUGGCUUCUAAUUUCUCCUUACAUUAUCUUCCUUGAAUCAAAUACAAAGUUCAUGAGAAUAAAGAUAAUGAUAACCAAUUCCAGAAGCUGCUGAUUGUCAACCAAAUUCUCCUUUUCAGGAUUAGAGGAAAUGUAAAGAGAACACUGUGGAGAAUAUAAAUACUUAGGUUAGGGUGUAAAUGGUUAACGCGUUUCAUGUAUAUUUAGGGGAACACGUUUUGCACAAGGAACAUUUUUUGCGCAUUAAGGCAAUUUUUAACUCUAUAUUUACGAGAGAGUGCUAGCCAUUGGGCCAAUAAAGUAGAUUAGUUUAA